AUGAAGCAGAAGAUGUACAGCUGGGAAGAGUGUAUGAAGCUCCGGGAAAUCCAGUCACUCAGGCAGCUCAUUCAUCCCAACAUUGUCAAGCUGAAAGAAGUGAUCAGAGAAAAUGACGAGCUCCAUAUGGUUUUCGAGAUGAUGGAGGCGAAUCUGUACGAGUUCAUGAAGUCGAGAGUUCGGCCCUUGCCUGAAUCGAAGACCCGGAACAUUAUGUUUCAGACGAUGCAGGGCCUACACUUUGUGCACAAAACCGGAUACUUUCACAGAGACAUGAAACCUGAAAACGUGUUGAUCUCCGGAGACACUGUGAAGCUGGCUGACUUUGGCCUUGCGCGACAAAUUCGAGCUCGACCGCCAUUCACUGAUUAUGUCUCAACUCGCUGGUACCGCGCUCCUGAGGUUCUCUUGAGAAGCUCCACGUACAACUCGCCCAUUGACAUUUGGGCGUGUGGUGGCAUCAUGGCAGAGCUGUACACCUUGCGACCUUUGUUCCCGGGCUCUUCAGAAUCCGAUGAGCUUUACAAGAUUUGUUCUGUUCUUGGGACGCCAACCACGUCGAGCUGGCCUGAUGGCUUCAAACUUGCAUCCCAGAUAAACUAUCGAUUCCCACAGUUCGUGCCAACGAAGCUCGAAACCUUGGUGCCUCAAUCAAAUGCUGAUGGUAUUGGCAUUAUGUUGGCUAUGAUGGCUUGGGAUCCUGCAAAGAGACCUUCGACCGCUCAGGUUUUGAAGCAUCCCUACUUUGAGGUAGCACUAAGCGAGUCACAGCAGAAUCCAGGCUCACAGCUUCCCCAUUUGCCAGACUUGGGCUAA